AUGGCUCUGAGGCCGAACAACAUCACCAAUCGGGGCUGUGGGCCGUCGGUUACAUACAGUCACAUAGCAUUAGAAGCCUGGCCGGAAACUUACCGCAGCGAAUGGGCAGAGGUCGUCAAGCAGAAUCCAGCCAUGGCACCCGUGAUUCUGGGCAGUAUGGGUUACGAUGGCACCACCGGAACCUUCUUCCCCUCCAGCAGCGGGAACUCGGCCUACUAUACAGAGGGCAUCGCACUGGAGUUCUACCGUGGCUGGAACUACUCGUGGAGCCAAAGCUGGAAAUACUUUGACAGCGUGGCGUCCAUCGACCUGAAUCUGAUAUUUCCAUGUGUGCAGACACGCUUCCAGAUCUCGAAGGUCAACGAGGACUACAUCCGCUACACAGGUGACACGGAUGGCGUGGAUGUGCUGCCCAACGGCGAUCUUGUUGCAAGGUGUCCGGAUGGCCACUUCUGGCUUGCACCGGGCUGUCGUGCGGACGACUCCAAGUGUGUUCCAUACGUCACCGGCGGAAGUGGCUGGUGGUUAGAUGACACCAUGCAGAAAGCCACGGCUUACGAUAUUCCCAUGGCUGUUGGAGUAGCAAGAGAUCUCGCCACACUGCCGAAACAGAGGACCACAACCUUCUAUGCCUGGGAGCCAGAUACAUCAUUCUUUGAGCUGCAGCCAAAAAGCAUCACCUUCCCUCCGAACGAUCUCAACGCGCACUUGAACGGAGACAAGAGGACUGCCGCGCCUGACUCGUUGGUUGCGAAGGUCGUGAGCCAGGAUUUAUCCACGCUGUCGCCGCGGCUUGAAGACUUUUUGCGCAACAUGCGCUAUAGCCUGAAGGAUGUGAACGCCAUGAUGGGGGACUUGCUCAAGACGGGAGACUCCCACCAUGAUGUGGCCUGCCGAUGGCUCUUGGACAACCGUGAUGCUUGGGAAAGCUGGCUGCCGGACGAAACGAAAUGCUUCCCCGGCUUUGGCUUGCACCACUGGCCGGACUUGAGUGCUCGCUCUUGA